AUGGUAUGCCGCUACAGCUAUUUCGUGCCAGAAAGCGCGCGUGUCUGUAAUGAACACGUGGAGCAAAAUCUGUGGCAUUUACUUCCUGUACAAGACAACUCUUCUGAGGAAUUCACUGCAGCUCAAAUAAUGACUAUCGUGUCGAUGUUACAAAGACAUAUUACGGAGGAAAUACUUGAUUUUGAGCAGUAUGAAAAUAUAGCACCAGCCGAGUUUCAUACUUGGACAGGACUGACUCAAGAUCAGUUUACUGAAUUAUUAGACAGUUUACCAAGUCUGAAACUAAAAAGAAUAAAAGAACCGUACUGGCGGCAGUAUUAG